GGAAUAGAGAAUACCCGAUUGCGACCUUGUGUACAAAAUGGCAGGUGUUGCUAGACUCACAAAAGCUGUGUUGCACAAAAGUAGACUUCUUGCUUCUUCAAACGUAAUUUUGAAGAAUGCAAGAUGCUGCAGUGUUGUUGCAGGAAGUACACAGCAUACGUUGAGUGUAAAGAAACGGAUUGACAAGACCAGAGAAGCUUCUUUAUUGGGUGGUGGAGAGAAAAGAAUUGCAAAGCAACACCAAAAGGGAAAACUGACAGCUAGAGAAAGGAUACACUUGAUGUUGGACCCAGGAAGUUUUGUAGAGUAUGAUGCAUUCCUUGAACAUAAUUGUACUGACUUCGGCAUGGAAAAUGAGAAGUUUCCUGGUGACAGUGUUGUGACUGGUCGUGGAACGAUCAACGGAAGGAUGUGCUUUGUGUUCAGUCAGGACUUCACAGUGUUUGGUGGUAGUUUGUCUGGUGCACAUGCCAAAAAGAUCUGUAAGAUAAUGGAUCAAGCCAUGUUAGUUGGAGCCCCAGUUAUUGGACUGAAUGACUCUGGUGGAGCCAGGAUCCAGGAAGGUGUUGAAUCUCUUGCCGGUUAUGCUGAUAUCUUUCAGAGAAAUGUGAAUGCAUCUGGAGUUAUACCACAAAUAUCACUCAUUAUGGGUCCGUGUGCUGGUGGUGCAGUGUAUUCACCUGCCCUGACAGACUAUACUUUUAUGGUCAAGGAUACUUCGUACUUGUUCAUCACAGGUCCUGAUGUUGUCAAGUCUGUAACUAAUGAGGAUGUCACACAAGAGGAGUUAGGGGGCGCUAAAACACAUACAACAGUUUCAGGUGUUGCCCACAGAGCUUUCGAGAAUGAUGUUGACGGCUUGCUACAGUUGAGAGAAUUCUUCGACUAUUUACCUCUGAGUAAUCAAGACCCGGCACCAAUCCGAGAAUGUUACGAUCCUUGGGAUCGUGAUGUACCAGGAUUGGACACAGUUGUCCCCCUUGAGACAACAGCAGCUUAUGACAUUAAAGAUGUCAUCACAAGUGUAGCAGACGACAGUAACUUCUUUGAGAUCAUGCCAAACUAUGCUAAAAAUAUAGUUGUAGGGUUCUCACGCAUGAAUGGUCGCACAGUUGGCAUAGUUGGGAACCAACCAAAAGUGGCAGCAGGCUGCCUCGAUAUAAAUGCUUCAGUUAAAGGGGCACGUUUUGUGCGAUUCUGUGACAGCUUUAAUAUACCUAUAGUAACAUUUGUGGAUGUUCCAGGCUUCUUACCAGGUACACACCAAGAGUAUGGAGGUAUUAUAAGACAUGGGGCUAAACUUUUGUUCGCUUAUGCUGAAGCUACUGUACCUAAAAUUACAGUUAUUACAAGAAAGGCGUAUGGUGGUGCCUAUGAUGUAAUGAGCUCAAAACAUCUACGAGGAGAUACCAACUAUGCUUGGCCCACGGCUGAAGUGGCUGUAAUGGGAGCCAAGGGGGCAGUGUCUAUCAUAUUCCGAGGCAAGGAUCAAGUCAAGAAUGAGGCAGAAUAUGUGGAAAAGUUUGCCAAUCCAUUCCCAGCUGCUGUUAGGGGAUUUGUUGAUGACAUAAUAGAACCAAGAACAACCAGGAGAAGAAUAUGCCUUGAUUUAGAUGUUUUAGCCAGUAAAAAACGAGAAAACCCAUGGAAGAAACAUGCAAAUAUGCCACUUUAAUCACAUCGCGGCGGCGCACAUUAUAAUUUAAUAUUUAGAGAAGGAUGUUAAACUGCACUAGUGCUUAUCAAUGUUCCCCUUUUAAAUGGUGAAAAUUGUUCCAGGCUUUUUAGGUGUAGAUUUUUGUAGUUGAUAUAUUAGUGGUAUAUCAAAAAGCAUGUAGAACAAUACAACCGUGUUCAGUCAUUAAAGUAUGAGAUUAUGUAACAGAACAGAACAUUGUGUGUGUAACUUUAUAUAUGCAAUUUCAAUUGAAUUGACACAAUAAUGCAUUACUUUGUACUUGUGUAAAUUUGUACAAAGGUAUAUUUUUAAUAAAUGACACUUUUUUUGUCUAACAUUUCUGCAAGACCAAUGUAGAAAAAAUAUAUAUUUGAAUAGUUUUCUUGCCUUCAAAAUCUCUUGUUAGGUAUAUAUUAAAUGGUAUUUUUAAUAUUAUAUUUUUAUGUUCCAAAAAAAGUUUUAGUUUUUUUUGGAGCAUAAAUUAUUGUUACAGUUUGUGAUUCUGUCACAAUGUAUGUAUUCAUUUUCUCAAGGCAUCUUCGUCUUACAUAUUUCACUGAUAUUUUAGAUAGUGCAUGAUUUGGUUCCUACCUACUUCUUCUACUUGUGUGGGAGUUUUAAGUUUUUGGUGCGAGUCAUUCAUGCUUUUGGGAUAGGUUUCAAGAAAUAAGGUCACUGAGGGUGUGCUUUUGGAAUGGGUUUCAAUUUAAUGUGGCCAUAUUCCUUUUGGAGGGUAUGCUUUUUGGGUUGGGUUUUGAGUUACUUGGUCAAAGUACAAGAUUGUUGAAUGCUCAGUUACAUUAGCGUUUUACUUGAACCCCUAAAUGGGAAACCAUAUUUUUGAAUGUUGCAGCAUAGUUGUAUGUUGGUGGUUGCAAUUAGUAUAUUGACACCCUUGUAUUACCAGAUAAGAUAUACUAUUAUAAUAGCCAUAGCUAGUUUCUGUACUUAUAAAUGAAACCUAGAGAUAGAAAUUUACAAAAUACGAUUAAUUCCGAAAGAGUAUUUACGUCUCGAAAAACAAAGUAUCACAGAUCUGAACAUAAAAGUGAUCACAGAAUUUGAUACCUGAAAUCCACUUCAUCAUUGAUAACUCAUCAUGAAUGUGUACAGGUGUAAGAUGAUAAAUUGACUUUACCUGUGUUGUUAAACAGAUUGAAUUUAGUGCAAACUACCAUUUGUUGCUCCCUAUACUUGCAUGGUUUACUUUAGUAUGUGUAGUAAUUGUUUGUGUAUUUAUAAUUAUGUUUAUGAUACUCAUUUGUAGAUCAUUUAUUUUUUACAGAUGAUGCAUUUGUUAAAGAUUUAAAAAAAAACAAAAUAAAACAUUUUAUCAGAAA